AUGAUUCUUAGAAUCAUCAGAGUCCCAGAACUGGAUGUGUAUCCAAUAUCCACUUCGAAGCUCAACCUGACGUGUUUAGCUGCCGGAAACCCUGCACCAACUGACGAAGAUUACAAAUGGACCUUUCAACCUUUCCAUUCCAACACAACAAUAGAAAAGAAUUCGAAUGGGAAAUUUCUUUUAUUCCAGAGUCUUCAAGAAGCUGACUCUGGAACAUACACCUGUUCUGUCACAAAUACUUUAAAUUCGACACAUUCUUUAAAUGUUACAAUUAUUGUUAAUGGAACUAUUCCAGAACCAAAACCUUCUUUACACUGUCAUUCCAAUCCGUGUGGAGCUCUAGAGAAUUGUGUGGAAACUGGACAUGAGUACAAAUGUGAAACCAAUACCAUGAGUGUUGUUGGAGUCCUGUUUAUCGUUUUGACUAUAGCGUCCCUAUCUGUAUCGUUUGGACUUGCAUACUACCUGCGUAAACUUCACAAAGUUUCUCAAAUUGGCGUUCAGAACAGCAAAAUUAGCAAUGAUAACGCCACCACACUCCCAAUGACAGAAACAACGGGUGACCUAAAUACACGCAAUGGAACUGUUCCCUCCAACGAGACAAACGACGCUGUUUAUGCUCAAAUAAAAAAACCGUAAUCCUUACUACCAGAAAGUAACCUACCUUCAUUGACUGAUUCAUUAAUAAAAAAAAUUAUACUAAAGCUAACAUUUCCUUUCAUCGUGUAUUAUUUCAAAAUGAUUCUAAGAGUAUAAGAAAAAAAAAUUAGCCUUUCUCUAAAAAUAUUUUCAUACAAUCUGUGUGACACUGCGUAGUACUUUUUACA